AUGGGUUUCAUGCUGCAGCAGCACGCCUCUUUGAGCUCUCCAGGUCCUAUGACGACUUCCUCAGCUGCUGUCUUCUCCGCGACAAGCAGCAGCAGCAGCAGCAGCAGCAGCAGCAGCAGGAGCAGCAAGAGCAGCAACAGCAGCAGCAAGAGCAGCAGCAGCAGCAGAUUUGUUGAAGCUGUGCUGCGGCUGCUGCCGCUGCUGCUGCCGCACAGCAGGGAGAGAACGGGGGACCUCCUCACGUUGCUGCUGCAUGCGGGCGCAGCAGCAGGAGAGACAGAUCAGCAGCAGCAGCAGCAGCAGCAGCAGCAGCAGAAGCAGCAGCAGUAUGCAUCAACACUCCUUGCAGCAGCAGCAGCAGCAGCAGCAGCAGCAGCAGCAGCAAUGGAUGGAACUACUGGCGUCUGCGGGACGCUGCAGCUGCUGGAGAGUUCGUUCAAGGAUGCCGUUGGUUUGCUGUCGCUGCAGUUUAGUUCUGCUGCCUAUACACUGCAGCCUGCGCUGGGGUGUCUGCGCAGACACCUGGGGGGCAAGAGAGCCUGCUGGCAGCAGCAGCAGCAGCAGCAGCAGCAGCAGCAGCAGCAGCAGCAGCAGCAGGGACUGCAGCAGGAACUGCAGCAGCAGCAGUUCGCGAUGAGCUGCUGCAAUGGAGACGAUCCCAAUCUGCUGCUCGCGCUGCAGCAAAUGCAGGAGGAAGAGCAGCAGCAGCUCCCGCAUGCAGCAGCAACAGCAGCAGCAGCAGCAGCAGCACCCUCAACAUCAUCAUCAGCAGCAGCAGCAGGAGCAGCAGCAGCAGGUGGGGGGCAAGAGAGCCUGCUGGCAGCAGCAGCAGCAGCAGCAGCAGCAGCAGCAGCAGCAGCAGCAGGGACUGCAGCAAGAACUGCAGCAGCAGCAGUUCGCGAUGAGCUGCUGCAAUGGAGACGAUCCAAAUCUGCUGCUCGCGCUGCAGCAAAUGCAGCAGGAAGAGCAGCAGCAGCUCCCGCAUGCAGCAGCAACAGCAGCAGCAGCAGCAGCAGCACCCUCAACAUCAUCAUCAUCAUCAGCAGCAGCAGCAGCAGGAGCAGCGCAGCAGCAGCUGCUGCUGCAACAGAAGCAGAAACAGCAACGCGAGGAGGAGGAACUGCUCUAACUAUCAACACAUACGAAGCCAACCCGAUGACGCAGCAUUUCUUGCUGCAGCAGCAGCAGCAGCAGCAGCAGAAGCAGCAGCAGCAGCAGCUGCUGCUGCAACAGAAGCAGAAACAGCAACGCGAGGAGGAGGAACUGCUCUAA